AUGGACUCGCAAUCUUGGAGCGUCAAAAUCCUACUAUUGUCAGGGAUUUUCUGCACAGCCGGUGCCAGUUACGGCAAAGUGAUCGGCCAGUUUAAGUUAACUUCGCACGGUGUAUCGGGAACAGUUUACGCGGCAAAUAACGUGACAAUCGUUAUCAGCAAUUUCACCUUCGACGGGUCAUCUAAUGUAGUAAUCCUGAUUGGAAAGACACAGGUACCCGCAUCGGAUGGCACCGAAGUUCCUAUUGUUCGAUUAGGGCGUGCCAUGCCUGGGUUGGGAGACUACGAUAACGACUUGCUUGUGUUGACUGUUCCCGGCUAUGAACCUAUCUCAGCAUACAGGUAUAUCGCCGUGUGGAAUCGACAAGAUCAAGGGGAAAGCUUUGGAGUUGUGUCCAUUCCAGAAAGUUUCGUCCCUCCGGCGCCGUAUUCCUUGGGCGUCUUAACGGGCACAGCGCACGACUUUUACUCAUCCAAUGUCAUCAUCUUAGACGCCAAGACGGUCAGGUUUGUUGGUCUUUCAUACGAUGGCCAAGGUCCGGCGACUUUCUUCUGGGCGGGAAAUACCACAGUCCCUGAUGAGAACGGAACGAGAUUGAUUUGGAAAGACACAGCGAGCCAGCAGGUUGAACGUUCCUUCCAGCUGGAGCUUAUUGACGUCACUCUCCCAGUCGGUAUGACAGUCACAAACAUUACACACAUCAGUAUGUGGUGCGAGAAAGCCGUCAUGAGCUUCGGUCACAUCUUGAUUCCCGAAGACAUCGCCUCCAAGAAUGUCCCACCAGCUACUGAAAUGAUUAGGGUUUACGAUAAUUGUGAAGUUCUCUCAAUGGACGAGAUGCAAGUUCGCUGGUCGGUCAAGGGGGGUGUCAUCGACGUGGAACUCGGCGGCAAGAUUGCCCCGGGUAACUUCAUGGGGUUCGGAUUGAGUGGUAGCUCCUCUUCGUCACGACUGACUAACUCUGACGUCACCGUGACGUGGAUGGAGAGCCGGACACGGCCGAUGGUGGUUGACUGUUACUAUCAACAGAGUCAGCUACAGUGUUCCGAGGGUUUUGGUGUGUGCCCGGACACCAUGGUCAAACCGACCUCGGGUACCGACGAUAGCAUCUUGAUCGCCCACUCCACUGUGGGUGGCGUCACCAGAAUCUCGUACUCCCGCUAUCUAAGCACUGGUGAUUCAAUUGAUGCUGUGAUUCCGACCAACACGGCUGUGUUCAUCGUCUGGGUUAUAGGCCCGGUGCGGGAUGGGACUGUCCUGUUCAACAGAGAUCAAGCCAAAAUGUCGUCCUCAAUGCAAAUCAAUUUUGGACGUCCAGCCCGCGAUGCUUGUCCAGCUUUUCUCCUUCCAACGGAUAACAGUGCAAACGUGCAACCAGCCUGGUCAACAUUAACGGUCAGCGGGACGCAGCAGCUACGGGUCGAUAUCGGGCCGUCUGGAGGCUCCAGAGGGUAUCUAGGAAUCACCGGUCAACCUGCUUGGAAAGACUCUUUUUACGUCGAUGGGCUCCUGGUACCCGUCAUCAAGAUGAAGCGAAACACGAAGUACAUCAUUAAUGUGUUCACUGGUAAUGACCCAACCGACCCAAUCAACUAUAAUCCCCUGUACCUAACCAGCAGCCCAACGGGCGGGUUCGAUCAACUGUCACACGAUGAGAGAAAGAAUGAAGUUAUUUACGCCGAUAAACAAGCUGGACCACUAUGUCAAUACAUUGAUUAUGAUGGCAGUGUUGCGUAUAACUUCAAUAGCUUCGAGGAGUAUAAGACGCACCUGAGGCAUACAUGUUCUGACUCGGUGAUCGGUGGGCGAUUGGUGUGGACUCCGGACAGUUCCACACCAGACACUGUUUACUAUCAGUCCUAUACACAUUUUGGACUGGGGUUCAAGAUAGAGCUGAGUUCAUCUGCCACUGAUUUAACCAUGUCUGUUAACAUGGUUGCCGUUGUAUUCGUCGCCAUGUUGGAUUAUUAA